UUGGAGCCUCGGCCUUGCCCCACCCAUUCUCCCUUGGACCUCGGAAGUGCCCGCUGUCAUGGCGACGCAGCUGCUCCGGCCGUUGGGCCCCCUCCGCCUCCUCCGACGCUCCCCGGGGCCGGCUGCAGAUGUCCCCCUCCGAGCCGCGAGCCAUGGCACCAGCCUGCUCUACCCCGAACACAUCCCCACCUCCCCGCUGCAGAAGGCGCUGUUGGCGGUGGGCUCUGCCGGAAUGGCCCUCUACAACCCGUAUCGCCACGACAUGGUUGCAGUUCUAGGGGAGACCACAGGACACCGUGCCCUGAAGGUCCUCAGGGACCAGAUGAAGAAGGAUCCAGAGGGUGCCAAGAUCCUGCAGGAGCGUCCCCGGAUCUCCCUGUCCACCCUUGACCUGGGCCAGCUCCAGAGCCUACCUGAGGGCUCCCUCGGCCGCGAAUACCUCCGUUUCCUGGAUGUGAACAGGGUCUCCCCAGACACGCGAGCGCCCACCCGGUUCGUAGACGAUGAGGAGCUGGCGUACGUGAUCCAGCGGUACCGGGAGGUACACGACAUGCUGCACACCCUGCUGGGGAUGCCUACCAACAUGCUGGGGGAGAUCGUGGUGAAAUGGUUCGAGGCUGUCCAGACCGGCCUGCCCAUGUGCAUCCUGGGUGCACUGCUUGGACCAGUCCGACUCAGUGCCCAGAACCUGCAAGUUCUGGUCUCGGAGCUGAUCCCAUGGGCAGUUCAGAACGGGCGUAGGGCCCCCUGUGUCCUGAACCUGUACUACGAGCAGCGCUGGGAGCAGCCCUUGACGUCUCUGCGGGAGGAGUUGGGCAUCACAGACCCCCCCUACCCCCCAUUAAUGUCUUGAGCCUGGCCUAGGCCCUGAGCUGCUGAGCCAGGAGGGCCCGGCCUAGCUGCCCUCCCCUACCUCAACCGCCUCCCCUGGGGGCAGAGGUCUCCUUUGCCACUACGUUUGUUCCUUUUCUUUGAACACUGACCCUUGGACAUCAUUUAUCAGAAUUUGUCAUAACCACUGCCGAAUGGCUUUGAGGGCCAAUCCAGGAGGAAACAGGCAGUGGGGUUCCCAGGGGAGCCUGGAGCUGCCAAUGAACAGAUAUCAGUCAUCUCGGCUUGUACUGGCAUGUCUCAGGUCCACAACCUCUGUUCUGGACCCCUCCCUGCCAGCCGGGGCUUUCUGGGUGCCAGGCUGGGUGUCCUCCCAGGAGUGAGGACUAUACCCACUUCCAAAGGUUGGAGAAGAGGGAGGCAGGUGGGGAGGGGAGUCUCUGCUGUUUGGAUAAAGGCUCCCAUCAGGUCACGCGCCUGCUUCCGCUGCCUUUGCUAAGGCAGGUUGACACUGGCAGCCUGGGGCCUUUGAGCCCCGGGGGCAGACAUCCCCUCCAGUCUGUGCUUCAGCUGCUUGCCCCAUUCGUCUGGUCUGAAAUCGGGCAGAUCGGGAUUCAAGCUCCCAACUCCUCCGGUUUUCUUGCACAGGGACUCAGGGCAAGUCCAUUUUCCUCUCAGCCCAUUUCAUCAUCAAUACAAGGGAAAUGAAAAUAGCACCCACUUCCUGUGGUUCCUGUGGGGGUUUCAUGAGGUGACGCAGUAGAAGGGCUUCACAGAAAGGACCCAAGGGGCAGAAGCAAUUGUGUUGUGUUUGCAGGUGGAGGAGGCAGCUGUGAGACCAGCUUCAUUUUGGAGUGGCGACUAGGCAUUUUCCUUGAGUCAGAGCCAAGGAGUGGGGAAAGGCAGGGAGAAAGGUAUUGGUGAAGAGUAGAUGGCCCCAUCUUUGGAUUUAGAAGCACAUAUACUCUCAGAACAGCAGUUCCCCAUUGCGUGGAUAGGGCAAGUAAGGGCCAGAGAUGGGCAAGGAAUUGCCUGGAGUAACUAGAACACAGGCCACAGGCCUCUUGAUUGCUUUUCCUGUACCUCAGUUUUCCUAUGGAUCAUAAUAGCUACCAUGUGUUUAUAGCUGUACUAUGUGCCAGGCACUUGCAGGCAUUAUUGCAUUGACACCUCCAACAAUUCGAGAAAGGUGGUACUAUUGAGUUUCACUAAUGGGGCUCAAACCAGUGGUUGGUGAUCUGAAGACCUGCUUAUCACUUCCUUACGUCUACCACACCCCUGUCCAGAGCUCCCUGUCUAGGGUAGAGGCGGGGCAUGGGAGGCUGGAGGCCAACCUUGGAACCGGGGCCUUUUUAAGAGGGAAGCCUUGUACUGACCUCUUUGAAUUUCUGCAGAAAGAGGAGGCGGCUGUGGGGAGCUCCUCAUACCUCAUCAGUCGUUGCAAUAUAAGCUACCUUUCCAGAACUGCCAGCUGUUUCCAUGGCUUCCCAGGGCCCCAGGCGCCCCCAACUCCCAGUCAGUAAAAGUCAACGGUGCCACGGUCAGAGGAGAAAGGUCAGACUCAACUGGCCUCCGCCCAGCUGGGUAGCUCACCUGCUCCGGCCACUUUCUGCCUGUAUAACCCUGGGCCUUCCAGCACUCAAGAGACGGGUGCUGGCAUCAAGAUUAGCUGGGAGUGGGAGUCCUGUCUCCAGAUCAGAGGGUGGCACUUCUGCACCAGCUCACAAUUAGAGAAAAAUUACACUGGCGAUAGCUGCCACUUACUGGGUUCUUGCCAUAGCCUGUGAGGCCCUGUCAACUUCUGCCUAGAAACUUCCAUUCUUCAUCUCAAUAAACCAUGUUGGCCUUUU